GGGGAGUUUAAUCGAGGUCACAUGGAUGUACAGCAGAAUCCCAGCGAUGGAACGUAGAAACUUGUUCAAGCAAGACCAGAAAGAGUAAAGUACACCAGUAAAAAAACAAAAAACUAAUGACUUGGAGGAAGAAACUUGACAGCUGGACGGAGAGCGAAAGAGAGAGAGAGGGGGGAGGAGGAGCAGCAGCAGCAGCAGAGUGGAGAGGGAGGAGGAAGCAGAAAGAGAUAAGAGUGUAGCAAACAGGAGACAUUGAGGGGAAGCACAUGUUUUGAAAAAUGCCCACCAGCUUCACCGUGGUCCCCGUGAAGAACGGCGCCAAGAAGGACAGCGAGGAAGAGGAUGUGGACGACAACAAUGUGCUGAAGGAGGAAGACGAGGAGGCAGCGGGUGAUGGCGUCCCAAAGGAGAACAGUCCCUUCAUUAACAACACAGACAACGACAAAGGCAACAACUACGAUGGCACCAACAUGGCGCUUUUUGAGGAUGAGAUUGAAAUAAAUCCCAUGGUGUCGUCCCUCCUCAACAAGCUGGCAAACUACACUAACCUCACUCAGGGCGCCCAGGAACAUGAGGAGGCCGAUAAUGAUGAGGGGCCCAAGAAAAAAGAAGUCAAGAGCCCUCAGAUGGGGACCUUCAUGGGUGUCUACCUGCCAUGCCUCCAGAACAUUCUGGGGGUCAUCCUGUUCCUGCGACUCACCUGGAUUGUAGGCACUGCCGGCAUCUUGGAGUCCCUGGCUAUUGUCCUCUUGUGCUGCUCCUGUACCAUGCUGACGGCCAUAUCCAUGAGUGCAAUUGCUACCAAUGGCGUUGUGCCAGCUGGAGGCUCAUACUACAUGAUUUCCAGAUCUCUGGGCCCUGAGUUCGGUGGAGCUGUAGGUCUCUGUUUCUACCUGGGAACGACCUUCGCGGGCUCCAUGUACAUCCUUGGUACCAUUGAGAUUCUGCUGACCUACAUCGUGCCCAAAGCAGCCAUCUUUGUGGCCGAGAAAAAGGAGGACGAGGUCAACGCCCUGCUGAACAACAUGCGCGUCUACGGCACUUGCUGCCUCGCGCUGAUGUCUGUGGUCGUCUUUGUCGGGGUGAAGUACGUCAACAAGCUUGCGCUGGUCUUCCUGGCCUGCGUCAUUCUCUCCAUCCUCUCCAUCUACGCCGGUGUCAUUAAGACCAUCUUUGAGCCACCGGACUUCCCUGUUUGCAUGUUGGGUAAUCGCACUCUGCAAAACAACAACUUCGACACUUGUUUAAAGACGAAGAUCAUUGACAACCUGACGGUCACCACCAAGCUGUGGAGGCUGUUCUGUGAUGGGCCGGAGCUCAACGCCACCUGCAACGAGUACUUUGUCCUCAACAACGUGACCGAGAUGCAGGGCAUCCCUGGACUGACCAGCAAGGUCAUUUCAGAAAACAUGUGGUCGGUGUAUGGCCCUCUGGGUAAGUUGGUGGAUGACAAGAAGCUGGAAUCAGUUGGUGUAGGCGCCUCUGCUCAGGACAAGUACCUGCCCUAUGUGGUCAACGACAUCACCACCUUCUUCACGCUGCUGGUCGGCAUCUACUUCCCGUCUGUCACUGGUAUCAUGGCUGGUUCAAACCGGUCCGGUGACUUGCGGGAUGCUCAGAAGUCCAUCCCAAUCGGAACCAUCUUGGCUAUUACCACCACCUCCUUCAUCUACGUCACCUGCGUAAUUCUGUUCGGUGCCAGCAUUGAGGGAGUUCUGCUUCGAGACAAAUUUGGUGACUCAGUGAAGGGUAACCUCGUAAUAGGCACGCUAUCGUGGCCAUCCCCCUGGGUCAUCGUGAUUGGCUCGUUUUUCUCCUGCUGCGGGGCGGGGCUGCAAAGUUUGACCGGCGCCCCCCGCCUGCUACAGGCCAUCGCGCGAGACGGCAUCGUACCUUUCCUGCAGGUGUUCGGCCAUGGGAAAGCUAACGGAGAACCCACCUGGGCUCUGCUGCUCACGGCGGGUAUCUGUGAGAUCGGUAUCCUCAUCGCCUCCCUGGACGCCGUGGCCCCGAUCCUCUCCAUGUUUUUCCUCAUGUGCUACUUGUUUGUCAACCUGGCUUGUGCACUGCAGACCCUGCUGCGGACGCCCAACUGGAGACCCCGCUUCAAAUUCUACCACUGGGCUCUGUCCUUCCUGGGAAUGAGCUUGUGUCUUGCCCUCAUGUUCAUCUGCUCCUGGUAUUAUGCUAUUGUGGCCAUGGCCAUCGCUACCUGCAUCUAUAAGUACAUCGAAUACAGAGGGGCAGAGAAGGAGUGGGGAGACGGCAUCCGUGGCCUGUCGCUCAAUGCGGCACGCUACGCCCUCAUUCGCCUCGAGGAGGCUCCACCGCACACAAAGAACUGGAGGCCUCAGUUGCUGGUGCUCCUGAAUGUUGACUCAGAUCAAGGAGUCAAACACCCCCGUCUGCUGUCCCUCACGACUCAGCUGAAGGCAGGGAAAGGCCUCACCAUAGUGGGGAAUGUUUUAGAGGGGACCUAUCUCACCAAAGACACAGAGGCCAGGAAGGCUGAGCAGAACAUAAAGUCGGCCAUGUCGGAGGAGCGAACAAAGGGUUUCUGCCACGUCGUGGUGUCUUCAAACCUCCGAGACGGCGUUUCCCACCUCAUCCAGUCCGCGGGGCUGGGAGGCAUGAAGCACAACACAAUCCUCAUGGCCUGGCCCGGCACCUGGAGGCAGGCCAACGACCCACAGUCAUGGAAGAAUUUCAUAGAGACGGUGCGGGAGUCCACAGCAGCUCAUCAUGCCUUGCUCGUGGCUAAGAACGUGGACAGCUUCCCCACCAACCUGGAGCGCUUGGGGGAGGGCACCAUCGACGUGUGGUGGGUGGUUCACGAUGGAGGCAUGCUGAUGCUGCUGCCCUUCCUUCUGCGGCAGCACAAGGUGUGGAGGAAGUGUAAGAUGCGCAUCUUCACCGUGGCUCAGAUGGACGAUAACAGCAUCCAAAUGAAGAAGGAUCUCCAGAUGUUCCUCUACCACCUGCGACUGAAUGCAGAGGUGGAAGUGGUGGAGAUGCACGAUAACGACAUCUCGGCCUUCACCUACGAGAAGACGCUUGUGAUGGAGCAAAGGUCUCAGAUGCUCAAACAGAUGCAACUCUCCAGGACCGAGAGGGAAAGAGAGAUUCAGAGUAUCACUGACGAGUCGCGUAACUCCAUCCGGAGGAAGAACCAGGGCGCUCCGAGCACGACCCGCAGCCGGUCCACCUCCGCGGCGGAGGACACUCAAGAGGACGAGGCCCAGCUCAUCCACGACAGAAACACGGCGUCUCACGCCGCUAUAAAUGACAAGGCCGAAGUCGGGCCCGACCGCGUUCACAUGACCUGGACCAAGGACAAGCUGUUCCUGGAGCGCAACCGCAACCGCGAGUGCAACGCCAACGUGGCCGUGCGCGACCUGUUCAACAUGAAGCCAGAGUGGGAGAGUCUGAACCAGUCAAAUGUCCGCCGGAUGCACACGGCUGUCAAGCUGAACGAGAUUGUGGUCAACAAGUCGCAGGGAGCUCAACUGGUUCUGCUGAACAUGCCCGGACCCCCCAGAAACAGAGGAGGGGACGAGAACUACAUGGAGUUCCUGGAGGUUCUCCUCGAGGGUCUGAACCGGGUCCUUCUGGUACGAGGCGGCGGCCGUGAAGUCAUCACCAUCUACUCUUAAGCACAACAAACGAAAGCCCAACUCUCAUGCCCAACCCUGCACACGUGGGGAGUUGCCAUGGUGACCGGUCACCGGACAUUUUUCCAGGGAGAAAGCCUAAUUUAGGUUGUUAUGAAGGGACGUGUGGGUUUUUUUUUGUAAGGUGGGACCAUUCGUGAUUGACAGGUGACUUGAAGGAUCCCCGGAUGAAGGACUUACUGAGAGUGCGAGCACAGUGUGUCCACCGUGGGCCACAGAACCCCACCCACCCACCACAUGUGGAAGAUAAGCAUAGACACUUUAACAUUGUUCUUUUAUUGCUGAAAAAAAAAAACUAUUCUGUUACAUUUUUGUGUUUUUUCCCUCUUGUGUCGACGUCGCCGCGCUCCCCUAAAGAAAGCAAGGGAGUGAAUGUGUGUGCCGCUGUGAUGUGACCCUUUUGUGUUGCACUUUGGAAAGCUGAAGAGAUGUUCAGGACAAACGUCCUUAGAGAAAGCGUGCCGAGAGAAGACGAGUGAGGUGUCAGAUCGGCUUUAUUGAAUACUGGAUCAGAUGCACUUUGGUGUCGUUCAUCACGGCAUGUGCUCAGUGCUUUCAUUUGAAAUUACUUUUCAUCUGUUGCAGGACAGGGCAGUCACGUCUUUAGUUUGAGGUCGUCCCUUUAAUAGGCCCGGUAUCCUGUGCUGGUCAUCCUCGCCAGUGAUUUAGUGAAGGACCCGCUGGGAGGACGUGCGCCACAUGUUGUAUCACCAUGUGCUCCAGAUGUGGGGCUAAAGAACACUCAUUGAAUAGGGAAAAGAGCCAUGGUAUAUACUCUAGGACCCUUUGUCAGCUUUAUAUAAUGACAUAUUAAACGCACAUGUAUACAUACUCAUUGUGACUGAAGUAGGUGGGACAUUUUUUGACAUCCCAGGGCUGUUUCACAGCAUGCAGUAGCUUUAUGACAAAGCAGAUUGGCUCACGUCAAACCUGCCCGCAUCAUUGUCAUCAUUUAGCAAAGUUUAAAAUGUAAAGGGACAAACUGACUCGUGCAACUUUGCCCAUAUCGCCAUAUAGCAACAGCACUGUUGAUUUUGCACUCAGCGCUUUAUUCAUUGCGUACUCUCGACCCGGUUCCAUCGCCUGCAGUGACGCAUCCUACCGGUCCACUUGACACUUUGCUCACAUGAGACGGGGAAGUUGUUAUAACUCAUGAGCCCAGACUUUGAGUCCCAGUUUGAGUAGAUUCAUUGCAAUGAGCAUGUGUAGGAGAAAAGUGCCAAAAUGACUCUGUGGAAAACUGUGGAGGUAUCACUAAUCCGUCUCAACGACAGCUGGAAAAAAAAUGUUUAGCACAAUUUUCACUUUUAGGAAAUGAUUAAUUGAGCAAAUGCAACUUAAGAGAUUUGAACUCGAACUAUUUUUCUCGUGUCCCUCCACAGUUGUUGUUUUUUUCAGAUUAGCCGUGCAGUAUUUUUUAAAGCAGAAAGCGGAGAACUUCUGACCGUCCCUUCUGAAACAUCGCUGUUUUUGUUGUGUUUAGUUUGCUUGUAACUACCUAGUUGCCCUGUAGUUUCUGUUACGUCAUUGUUGAUCAUCUGUUACUUUAAGUGUUCUUUUUCGUUCCUGUGGAAGGAGGCAGAGAGAUGCGGUGUGUGUGUGUGUGUGUGUGUGUGUGUGUGUGUGUGUGUGUGUGUGUGUGUGUGUGUGUGUGUACGUACACAGCAGCGAAUGCCCAGUUUCUAUGUGUUUUUGUUACCUGAAAGAAAGUAACACACAGGACUGAAGGUUCUCAGGUAAACCUGUUCAGAAAGUAUCAAUGAUAUCAUAUUUAAUAUAUAACAUAAGAGAACUAUCCCUUGAAACUGGAGUUGGAACCAUUUUCGCUUCCUUUGUUCAGUUUUAUUUUUUAGUGGCCAAAGAUUUUAAACAUAGUGCUGUGUAAAUAAAAGAUAGUUUGAAACAUUGGAAUAAAUCAUUAAAGAUGUUUUUGUUUGCUGGUGACUGAGUUCGAUUGAAGCAGCUAUAUGUGAAGAAAACAGAUCACGCAAAAUAUAUCCAGAGGUUUUUGGGAGGUGAAGAGGAUGUUCAGCAGUGUACCACAGCUGUAAUUUUGUAGGUUACCCGGGUGAACACAUGGAGAUAAAAAUCACACUGCUCCAACUGACGUCACAUGUGGAUUCACUAAAGGAGAGAAAAAAGCUGUGUGUGUGUGUUCGUUCCAGUGCGGCCCCGCUAUGUUUGUGCUGUUGUCCGCAGUCGUCCUCGCGUUCUGGAACAAGAAGUCACUUGUGGGUCCACAUAUAGAGGAAGCUAGCCCUGUAAAUUGUAUUUGUGCCUCUGAGUAAUUAUUAAAAGUGCUGAUAAUAACGCAGAA